CAUAUUGUUCUCAAUCUCUCCCCCACACCAUCACCAAAGCCCAGCCAAGCCAUCUCUCUCUCUCUCUCUAGAUAAACACAGGCUGAGACCAAUAAAUACUGACAAGUGAGCCUCGCACACAGACAUUCACUCGCUCUCCUCACACUGUCCUGGAAGCAGCACAACCUCCGAAGUCGUUUCCCAGAAAUAAAAAAAAAGGGGGGGAAUAGAAAGAACUUUUGCAUUGCAAAGGUCUUUUGCUUUUUCCUGCUGUAAUGGCACCUAAGAAUGAUGGCUCGGCUAAGAGGGUUAUGAACAAAGGGGCGUGGACGGCUGAAGAAGACAGCAAGCUCUCUCAGUACAUCGAAAUCCAUGGUGCCAAGAGGUGGAAGACCAUUGCAGCCAAAUCAGGUCUGAACAGAUGUGGGAAGAGUUGUCGAUUGAGAUGGUUGAAUUAUCUCAGACCCAAUAUCAAGAGAGGCAACAUAUCAGAUGAAGAAGAAGACUUGAUACUUAGGCUUCACAAGCUGCUUGGCAACAGGUGGUCGUUGAUUGCUGGGAGACUUCCAGGAAGAACUGACAAUGAAAUCAAGAACUACUGGAAUUCUCAUUUGAGCAAGAAAAUAAAUCAAAAGCAAAAAACGCAAGAAGUUUCGACAGUGCAGGAAACUACGCCGCAGCUCAAAUCACAGGGUAUGGCACCCAUGAAGGAAGAGGGGGCUAAGAUUGUGGGGAGCUCCGAGCCCACUUUUGAUGUGAAUGAGUUUUUUGACUUCUCCGCCGAAGGAUCCUCUGGUCUCGAGUGGGUCAAUAAGUUCCUCGAGCUCGACGAGGACCAAUGGUUCACUGAUAAGAGGUGAAACCAGUUAGAGAGAGCUCUUGCAUGUAAUAAUCUUCACAGACGAAAGAAAGCAGUUCAGAGAACAUAGUCUCUAGGAAAAAAUGCAUCUGAACCUCUUAUUUCACCAAACCAAACACACAGAAUCUGUUUUAAACCAUGAAAGCGACUGAUGAACUUUUUAUGGAGGCAACAACAUCAAAGUUUUCUCUACCAUAGUGAGUGGUCCCCUAGUUCUAGCCAGCGCUCGGCAAAAGCAGCCACCUUCUAGUUUUGUUUAAAAGACAAUAGAUGGCAAUUUUCAUCGGACAGAUAAUAACAAGACAAGAAACCUUCAGGACCUUUUCCUUGUAGAGGGUCGCUUAAACUUUGUUUGAAGCCCGAAUUUUCAAAAUUCUGAUCGUUGGUCCUCCAAAAACGAUUCUCGUGAACGGACUGCAUUAUCCUGACAUGAACAAUCUAUCUCUGACCGUGCUGAAUUUUCAAUUCGAUUCUUGCUCGUCCUAAAACAAUUCUUUGCACGCGGACUGCAUUAUUCCGACAUGGCUAGCUUGAAUACCGUUAAUUCUCUCUAUUGAAGUUUUUCAUCUUCGUUCCUGUA